GUCACCCAAGCAUCUUAUGUUUCUUUGACCAAACAUCUCCUGCAAUCAGUGCCUCUGAGCGAACCUUGAUCAAACGAUGCUGAGAAGAUUGGCGCCAGGCAUUGCCCGCACGUGGGCACCUUCAACAGGCUUCUCCCGUCCGGGCCUUGCUGGUGUGCAAUUCUUGGGACGUUGGCAUCGUUCAGUUGCGGACGAGAACGCCGAGAAGAUCAGCUUUCACUUCAAGCAACGGGACGGCUCUCGAAAGACUGUCACAGUGCCUUCGGGGACAACGGUGCUGGAAGCGGCGCAUCUAAACCAGGUGGAUCUGGAGGGCGCUUGUGAAGCGUCCUUGGCAUGCUCGACUUGCCACGUGAUUUUGACCGCAGACGACUACAAGAAGUAUGGGGAGCCCACGGAGAAGGAAGAGGAUUUGCUGGACCUGGCCCCCUGCUUGACGCCGACUUCACGCUUGGCGUGCCAGGUGGUCGUCGACGAACGGCUGAAGGACCAGGAGGUCUCAUUACCUGCGAUGACCUUGAACUUCUACGUGGAUGGGCAUGUGCCAACUCCCCACUGAGCGUGCCUGGACGCGGGCAGUGCUGAGGAUACGGUAGAUGUUGAUGGAAGCUGCGAGGUUGAAAGACA